CUGUGAGUUCUGCAAAGAAAAAGUUUAUUUAGUGUUCGACUUUAACUCGGUGCUUUAGCAAAAGAAAGAGCUUAAUUCAACGUGUUGAGAUCAUCAUUACCUAUUAUUAUUGAAAGAAUCUAAAAGUAUUAUCUAGGAUGAUGCAAUCAAACAAUGGGUUUAGACCAAACAGUGAAAGAUCCUCUAGUAGAAUCUCAAUAUAUAACUAUCCAGAACAUUUGAAUCCAUUUACCGAAGAAGACAAUCACAAGCGUUUGCGAUUUUGGAACUUUUCAAAAUCUAAUGAUAAUUCAAAACGAAGAAGUUUUUCAUUUGGAAAUUUACGAGAUGUGUGGACUUUUCGGUCAUUUAACUUAAAAAAGAAAUCAUCAACUUUGGGUAUACAAAAAACUUCUGAAAGUCCCCCAGUUCUUCGGAGGAAUUUCGAUUCAACUACGCCGUAUUUACAUUCAGAACAAAAUGCCAACCAAAGAAGACAUGUAAUGAGAUCUUUACAGAAUGUUAGCGUUCCUAUCGGGUUGACAAUGGGCAAAGCUGAUUUCGAUAGAUGUUCAACGCCACAGCCUCAAAGAUAUGCAACGAUAAGAUCUUCGUAUUCUAGUCUAUCAAGCACAAAUCCAUUUGAAAGUGAAAUUGAAUCUGACGUAAAUAAUAUUGAGAGUUCGACACUUGGUCUUCGUACAAAAACUUAUCGCAAAAAGAGGAGAGCCCCUUCAGUUCCUACUAAAAUUAUGGUCACGGAGCCGCAAACUGAUCCCGUAAAAGAAAAUUCAGUAGACUCCAGACAUAAUGUUGACGAUUUAGAUAUUAAGUCACUUACCACCGAAAUAGAACGAUUUGUAAAUCAUAGUAAUGAAACUUCAGAUAAUCAUAUAUCAGCAUUGGAAUCAACUAAGGAUUACGAAAAACAACCUACUACUCCAGGAGAAACUUUGUUAUUAAUUACCGAAAACUCCAAUAGAAUUAUACCCACUGCACCAAACAGAAAAAACUUAUCAGUUAAAGCUAGGUUAAAUACCAAGUCCGACAUUUCUACUCAAGAAGAAAGUUUGGAUGCAAGAGAAGAUAAUUUGAAAGAAACGAAUGCAUCAAGUAGAAAACUGCCAGGAGUCGAUGAUAACUUAUGGAGCACCCCCAACUACAAUAUAUUAACUGAAAAACAAAAUUUGGUUGUAAGAGAAGACAGCGCAAAUGAAGUUUUCUCAAAUAAAGAAAAUUUGACUGCAGAAGCUAACUUUUUAAGAAAACCAAAACCCAAUUCUCAUACUACGACGCUAGAACACAUUUUGGAUGCAAGAAAAGAUGACUCUAAAUUAAGUUCUUUAUCAAAUAAUGAAUAUUCUGUUGUGGAAGUCGGUCAAACCACCAAUAAUAAUAUAUCUACUCAUACACAUAUUGUGGAGUCGACAAAUAGGAAUUCGGAAGAAUUUACAACAUCGAGCAGAGAGAGUUCGCAAGUAGAUGCAUGUGAAACAUCUUCUAAUAAUAUAUUAACCCGUUUGGGGAAAGAAGAAAAUUUGGAAGCGAAAGUAGAAAAUUCUAUAAAAUUUACUGGUCCAACUAGAGGACAAACUACAGUAGAUGUUAGCCCCUCAACACUCCUUAACAACAAUUAUAAUAUAUAUAAUGAAGAAAAUUUUUUUAAGACAAAAAAAGCAGAUAAUUCUAAGGAUAAUGCAUCACAAGUCAGAGAACAUUUAACAAUCGACGAACAGAUCAAUAAGGAAAUUAUAUUCGACAUAGUAACGACAGACUCAAUCCCAACAACAAAAAGUAAUCAGCAAAAUUAUAGUUGUUUGGAACAAGAAAAAUUUGAAAAUAAUAACUCUCAAAAUCCAUUAACUAUUUAUGAAAGUUCCAAGAGUAACAUCGAUUGUUCACAAGAAUCGGCUAAACCUACCAAAGCUAAAUCGGUGAAGGAGAUAAUUGAUUCUAUAAAUCGUAGCCAGCGAUUACUCAAAGAAAGCGCAGCUAAGGGUACUAUCCAAUAUUCAACGGCAUUAUAUUCUACAACUAGUGUAUCACCAAAUAAUAAUCAUAAUAAAAGGGAGGUAGUUGAGAAUGAUAAUUUGGACAGUUCUUCCUGUGAGAAUCAUUUAGAUAUGAAUGAACAAAAUUUUAAAAAAAAUAAAAUAGAUAAGAUUGUUUUCCAAUUUAGAGAGUCCUCGCCGACAGCGUCCAACUUGGAUUGGAAUCCUGUGCCAAAACCAAAGAGGAUUAAUAGUAAUUUAUUAAGUAAAGAUAUAAAUGAACUAUAAUGAUACUCGUUCUUACUAUGUAUUGUUCACAGUCGAACGUAAGAACUCAGAACAAGUGUAUAUUUAAAUUAUAAUAUUAAUACAGUUCUGGUUCCUGUUAUACUUUAUAUAUAUACAGCUGGAAGAUGAGCUAGUCAUGGUACCAUUGAUUUCAAUAUGUUUUUAAUAUAAACAAGAACACAUGAAAUGAAAAACAUCAGAAAAUCAAAAUUACGUUUUGUGCAAUAUACCGUUUGUCAAGAAACUUUUUACACACUGAACAAAAAAUACAAUUUUUGACACAAGAUGCAAAAUUA